CAUAAUGUGUUCCUCACAAAGAAAUCCCAACCUGGGAUGUAGUCUAGUCUGUCGAAGCCGCCAUUUCAAAGCGCGAAGAAGCUGCAGAAACCGUUGGAAAUUUUGUACAUUUUUUAUUUUUCUAAGAUAUUUUUUUAUUUUUCUUAGCAAAUAGGAAAAUUACAUUACUUUUUGAAUCUACCUCGCCUGCAUCACUAACAGAAAUGGAUGCGGACACCGAAGAAAAGAAGACAGAAACUUCGAAAACUUCCAAGGAUGAAUCUGAGAAAUCUGUCUUGGAAAACAAAUCCAGGGGCCGUGGGUUUAAAGGCCGCGGUCGGGGGAGUCGGAUGAGUCGAGGUGGCAUGCGUGGGGGGCGGGGCAUGAUGAAAGGAUUAGGUCCACCUGGACACGGGAGGGGUCGACCAAAAGAUGGACCCAUGAAUGGAUUUGCACCAAUGAGAGGAAUGAGAAGGAUGCGACCCUAUCCAGACGUAAGAGGUCAUCGAGGUAGAGGUGGACCAAUGGGUAUGGGCCCUCCUCCUCCUCCUCCUCCACCACCACCUCCCAUGCACCUCAGAGGCCCGUUCCCACCCAUGCCUAGGCAUGGACCCCCUCCACCCCCUCCUCCAGGUCAUCCUGGUUUCAGAGGGCGUCCUCCACACCCUCGAGGCCGUGGAAUGCCUCCGCCUGGACCUCCACACCACUUCCAUCCUCGCGGGCCGAGGGGGGGGGCACACAGUACAGUUAACCUCCCAGGCCCCAGGAACCCAGGCACCCCCUCACAUCUCUCCCCUCCUACACCAGCGGCGUGACAUCUGAGGUCUUGCACUUCAUUUGAAAAAGGUGAGCCUCCUCUUGUGUCUUAAUUUCUAAACCCUCCCUCACAUAUGCCUGGAGAUUCUCUCUUUCAGAUGAAAUCGUUGAAGCACAGAGGACUGUGGUGUAUUCGUUAUGGUACUUAUUCUUUUAUUUAUUGCUCUAAACACUAAAAACGUGUUUAGUAAGAUUUCUGCUCGCUUUCAUGGGUAUACAUCCAUACUGUGAAAUCACAUUGUGGUGAUUCAAGGAGCAUGCAGGGAUGUGCGGAAAAAGAUGAGUCCGCAAGGCAGAAUUUUUGCACUAGUAACAGUCAUAAAGAAUUUUUGACACAUCACAGCAGGAAAAGCACAGAUGUGAAUAGUAACAUUAAGGAUGACUGGAAUCCGUUUAGCUUCUUCAGUUUCAGGGUCCUGGUAUCGUGCUUGCAGGCUCACUGUCACCCUGGCAUGGCUUACAGAAUGGAGCCAUUGCUUAUGUUACUCAAAGUGGUGGGCGGAUGGAAGUUUUGGGGCUUUCUAUUUGUGCUGGAAAAAAGAUGUGAAGCUUUGAGGCUUGAAACGAGUUGUAGCAGCACAGGGACAUCUGGUGGCCGUCAACGUUCAGAGCAAGCCCUUCCACUCCCCUGCUGCAGCACAGUGCCGCCUCAAUCAUUUGAAGCGUUUCAGUCUCACAUGCGUGCAGUAAAUGCCCAGGAGGCCCACAUGUCAUAACUGAAUCUUCAGUACUUUUUUUCAGAAGUGUUACAUUAAAUAUUCAGGUAGAAUAGUUCUGUAUUCUGCAAUAGUGAUUUAGAGGACAAAACAUUUUAAGGAUUCAGGUGUUCAGGCAUAUUUAUUUAUGUGUGGACAACCAGAGGAAAGUCAGUUUCCUUGACAUUUCUGUGCAUCUUGCUGAGCUUAGGUUUCCAGAUCUGCAGUAUUCAAACAAAACCAAAAGUAUUUGAAUCGUGUCUGUUACUUACACAAGAGCUGCUGCAACAGGCUGCCAAUCACUCUGGCACCUGGAGAACUUGCUGGGCCCAAAGUGAUACAUAUUAAUCUGAUCCAAUGAUGUAAUGUAAUCUGAUGUAAUAUAUAUUAAUCUAACAACAUUUAAAACCAGACAGGUAAAAGUACUCUAAUAAUGUGAUUUGUGUUGUAUGGCAGGAAAUGUAAACAGUCUUUCUGCAGCAAG